GUGAAAAGUGGAAGAGAGGAAAAAAAUAAGGUGAAAAGAAAUGUUUUUAACCCACUGCAUCAUGGGUGUGGCCCUCCAGAUCGUCCUACCGCUCGUGUCCAACAGUUGUAUCUCAUACUAUCUUCGCUCCUGCCUUCCUCCACUUCGCACGAUUAA